AUGGAUCAAUACACUAUCUUGUCAACAAUUGCAAGAACUGCCACAAGUCAAGUGUUGAUGGUUUCACAUAAAACAAGUGGACAACAAUUUGCCAUCAAACAAUUGAUAAUUCCUGAACGUUUGGAAGAGGAAUUGUAUUCUUCAAUGCAAGGAGAUUUAAUUGUUGUUCCGAAUGAAUAUUAUGAUGACGAAAGUGAUAGUGAUGAUGAAAGUUUAUCGGAGAAACCAAACGAAAUUCAUUUACCAAUUAGUAUACAAACAGAAAAUACAAACAUUCAAAUACCAACAAGUUUUGUUACAGUUGUGGAUCAUGGAGAAAAAAAGAAAGUUUCGAAUAAUAAUACAACUAUCAAUAUUGCUACUGCUGUGGGUGGAUUACAUUCGUCUACCAUGUUGAAUAGUUCAAAGGUGAACAGCGGAAGUUUUAAAAAGAAACAACAAGCUUCAACUUCAUCACCAGAACCAACAAUUUUUCAAAAAAUUCCAACGCCGACACUUUCUCCAAGAAUUGACAGUAGUGUUAAUAAGGGAAUGUUUAAUUUAUCCAUUCAGGGAGUUUCUCCAUCCUCACCAGUUUCUAAAACUCACAAACAGCCAACUAUUCUCAUGGUAGAAAGUAGUAGCAGUGAUGAAAGUGAUGACGAAACAAGUAAGAAUACUUCCACUUAUAAUAAUGUGAAAUCUUCACUUCAAGCAGAGAUUAAAGCAAAACAAGAAAUGAAAUAUAUUCAAAAUGAAAUUCAAGCUUUAAAGAUUUUGGAGAAGGGCCCUAGCUCUUCAAAGUUUGUUAAUACUGAUGUGAUUCGAGUGAGUGUGGAAGAUAAGAUUUCAGAAUUUAAGAAACAUAUUUGUUUAAUGAAGGAGGUGAUUGAGGAACCAGAGGAGGGAAAGCUCUGUCUCGUUUUGGAAUAUGCCAAUGGUGGAGAUGUUUUCAGUAUUAUUGAACAUUAUGAUGAGACAACUCCUCUUGGACACAUGAAGGAAGAACAAGCUCGUUUCUAUUUCAAACAAAUUGUACAUGGUGUAUUGUAUAUGCACAGAUGUGGAGUUUGUCAUCGUGAUUUGAAACCAGAGAAUAUUCUCGUAGUGGAAACACCAAAUUCAACUCCGUUAUUGAAAAUUUCAGAUUUUGGAUUUUGUGGAAUUUUGAAAAAUAAGGACAAGACAUUUACUGACCUGGUUGGAACUGAAAGUUGGUGUGCUCCUGAAAUUCUCAAUAGAGAACCAUAUGAUGGACUCAAAUCUGAUGUAUGGUCCUUGGGAUGUAUCUUGUAUGCCCUGCUGACUGGAUGUUUUGCAUUCGAUCACGACGAUCCUCACGAAUUAUUGAAACUCAUUCAACAAGUACAAAUCCAAUUCCCUCCCUAUAUCAGUAAGGAUACAAAGGACUUUAUUUCAGCCAUGAUUUGUCACUCUCCAACCAAACGUUUGAGUAUUGAACAAGUUCUUGAACAUGCUUGGAUGAAAAAACCUUCCUAUCUUUAA